CUGCCUACGCUGCCAUCAUCGUCACGCGCACUGCGUAAAAGAAUUUCCAAGACCAUCAACAUGUGUCUCUUCCGUCGCUCCUUCUACUUCUGCUCCUGCCACUUCUCCAUCCCCCAUUAUCUCCGUCCACCCACGCUCCUUCCCCAGAUUCAUUGAGAUCCUUCCUUCAUCCUCAGGAUUUUGACUUGAUCCCCUCCUCCCCGCAUUCCUUCAAUCCAUCUCGCUACCGUGUUGCUACAUCAUACUUCCAUCCUCCCACCAUCCUCCCACCAUCCUCAUCACCAUCCUCAUCACCACCAUGCCCUCUCUUCUCUCUUCUAAACCUGCCUUCCAGCAAAAGGCGGAUGAGUACUACGAGCCUCCUCCUGCUGGCAAACCCUACUCCAUUGCCAUCCCAGGCUCCGAACAACCAGGUCGAUCACCCAUUUACCGUCACCACAAGAACAAGGAUGGCCUCUUACAAACCCUCGACCCAGCUGUUCAGACUGCCCAUGACAUUUUCGAGUCCUCGGCUCAAAGAUACCCCCAUUCUCCUUGUCUAGGCUACCGGCCGUACGACUCGGCCAAGCGCGCUUAUGGCAGCUACGAGUGGCUCGACUAUGAAACCGUUCAAAAGAGAAGAGCAGAUUUUGGUGCAGGCCUUGUUGAAAUCCACACCCGCCAGGGCAUCACUGGUUCAGGAUAUGGCGUUGGCUUAUGGUGUCAGAACCGACCCGAAUGGCAGUUGACCGACCUGGCUUGCAUGUCCCAGUCUCUAUACACCGUUUCCUUGUACGAUACACUCGGCCCCGACACCUCAGAGUACAUCAUCUCUCACGCCCAACUCGCCUCCGUUGUCACCUCUAUCAAUCAUGUCCCCACUCUUCUCAGUCUGAAGCCGCGCCUGCCUAACCUCAAGAUGAUCGUCGUCAUCGAUCCUCUCGAGCCGACUAUCAAUGAAAAACCUGAAAAUUCCAAACAAGCUCUCUUGGACGGAAUUGCCAAAGACCUGGGCCUGUCCAUCUAUUCUCUUGAUGCUGUCGAGAAGUUGGGCGCGGCGUCUGGCAGACCUUGCAAUCCUCCUCGUCCUGAAGACCCCGUCACCAUCAAUUACACCUCGGGAACAACUGGUGCUCCCAAGGGUGUCCUUCUGACCCAUGCUAAUGCCGUUGCUGCCACCUCGGCAUCCCUGGCCAUCUCUCGAACGGACAACAAGGGCGCCGCCAUCAGCUACCUCCCUCUAGCGCACAUCUACGGGAGGCUCCUAGAGCACAGUGCUUUGUGGGCCGGUGCACGUAUCGGAUACUUCCACGGCAAUCCUCUCGAACUGGUCGAUGAUCUGAAACUCAUCCGCCCCACUGUUUUUGCAUCCGUCCCUCGACUCUGGAAUCGCUUUGGAGGUGCCAUCAAAGCACAAACCAUCGAGCAGCCAGGUGCCAAAGGCGCGCUGAGUCGGCAUGUCGUCAAGACCAAGCUGGCAAACGCCAACCCUAACAACCCCAAUCCAACGCAGUUCCAUGCCUUGUGGGACCGUGUCUGGGGUCGCAAGGUCUCUGCGGCACUGGGCCUGGAACGUGCUAGGACUAUGGUGUCAGGCGCCGCUCCGCUCGAUCCCUCGUUGCAGGCCUUCCUCCGAAUCGCCUUUUCGACUCGCAUCCUUCAAGGCUAUGGUCUCACUGAAUCGUACGCAGUUGCACUUGCCCAGCCAGCUAACGAUUUUACCCUCGGGAAUUGUGGCGGAGUAGUGGCUUCCCAGGAGGCUUGUCUGCUCAGUGUUCCUGACAUGGACUACACUAUCGAUGACAAACCAUACCCACGAGGUGAAUUGCUGCUGCGGGGAAAUGCCACCUUCAAGGGCUAUUAUAAGAACGAAGAAGAAACCGCCAUGGCAUUCACGGAAGACGGUUGGUUCAAGACGGGUGAUAUCUGUAGCGUGGACGAACUUGGCCGAUUCACCAUCAUUGAUCGACGAAAGAAUGUACUGAAACUCGCCCAGGGAGAGUAUCUCUCUCCAGAGCGUAUCGAGGGGGUUUAUCUCUCCUCGCUCAGCUACCUGGCCCAGGCGUUUGUCCACGGUGACAGUGUCCAGACAUUCCUAGUUGCCAUCUUUGGCGUUCAGCCCGACACCUUUGCCGUCUUUGCAUCUCGGAUUCUGGGCCGUGAAAUCUCACCUACGGAUCUCUCGGCCAUUAAACAAGCUGCGGAUGACCCCAAGAUCAAAGCUGCCGUCCUCAAGGACUUGGACAAGGCCGGCCGCAAAAAGAAGUUUGCUGGCUAUGAACGUGUCAGGAACAUCAAGUUGGAGUUGGACCCUUUCACUAUUGACAACGACCUCCUGACCCCGACCCUCAAGUUGAAGAGACCUGUGGCGGCUAAAAGAUACCGUGACAUCUUGGAUCAACUCUAUGCCGAGGCACUGGCAGAGGAAGAACGCACUGGUGGAAAAGCAAAAUUGUGAUUCAACAACGCCCGAUAUAGAAAUGUGUUAUAUAAAAUGCAAUACACCUCUUUGAA